AUGGCCUCUCUCCUCUCCGGCAGCCGGAUCGCCAUCCGCUCACUAAACCGUCAUAGUUCUCGCUUCAGACGUGUUGCAGUACGAUGGGAAAGCUCUAUUUCGCAGAGGCCAGGGUCGGAUACAGUCCGCUUCCCCGGCGCCGUCGACAGUAAAUUCACAUCCGAAAUGGCAUUCUCCCGGCCGUCGUCGUUGCCUGCCAUGCCCACGUAUCGAGUGAUGGAUUCCGAUGGCGUUAUUGUUGAUACGAAGCACGAGCCGUCGGAUGUCUCGACGGAGGAGGUGAUAACGUGGUAUAAGAAUAUGUUGACUGUGAAUGUAAUGGAUGUCAUCAUGUUUGAGGCUCAGAGACAAGGUCGUUUGAGUUUUUAUAUGGUCUCGGCGGGAGAAGAAGGUAUCGCUGUCGGAUCUGCCUCUGCGUUACAGGAUCAUGAUGUUGUAUUUUGUCAAUAUCGAGAAGCUGGUGUUUUCCAGCAACGCGGGUUUACGAUGAAGCAGUUUAUGGCUCAGUUGUUUGCGAAUAAGCAUGAUUCGGGAAGAGGGAGGAAUAUGCCCGUUCAUUAUGGGCUAGAGUAUCCCCGUAUAUUUACAAUCUCCUCGCCCCUGGCGACACAACUUCCACAGGCGACCGGCGCCGCAUAUGCCUUGAAAAUACAAGCCCUACAAAACCCGAAUACCCCAGCUGGCGUUGUCGCAUGCUACUUUGGAGAAGGAGCGGCUAGCGAGGGCGAUUUCCAUGCUGCGUUGAACAUGGCGGCGACCCGUUCAUGUCCCGUUGUGUUCAUCUGCCGAAACAACGGAUUCGCAAUCUCCACACCCACACUAGAACAGUACCGUGGUGACGGAAUCGCCAGUCGAGGAAUUGGCUAUGGUAUUGACACCAUCCGUGUCGACGGAAACGAUAUUUUUGCCGUUCGCGAGGCAACCAAGGAAGCACGGCGCAUGGCUUUAGAGAAUGGCGGCAGGCCCAUUCUGAUCGAAGCAAUGAGUUACCGUGUCUCUCACCACAGUACCAGCGACGACAGCUUUACCUACCGCGCCCGCGUAGAAGUCGAAGACUGGAAACGGCGCGACAACCCCAUCAUUCGUCUACGAAAAUGGCUCGAGAAUAAGGGCGCAUGGAAUGAAGAGCUCGAGCAACAGACUCGAGCGGAUCUCCGCGCGGCAAUUUUGAAGGAGUUCAAUGCCGCUGAGCGCGACAAGAAGCCUCCCCUAAAGGAUAUGUUUGUGGAUGUUUAUGAGGAACUUACGGAGGAGCAGGAGGCGCAGCGCGAGGAGUUGAGGAAACAUUUGGAGAAGUAUCCAAAUGAGUAUAAUAUUAAUGAUCACGAGGGCGGUAUCAAGGGGCUGUAA